CUGAGUGCAGAUGGCUGUGUGUAAAACAAACUAAACGAAUGUGUGUGUAAGCAGCAAAGAAAAAAGGAUUGUUAGAAAAACGUAAGAAGUAAUUUAAGAAAAGCGUGCAAAUAAUAAAAGAACAGUGAAAGAAAACAGUUGAAUUAAAAACUUAUUGAUUGAAAAUAAUAGAGAAAACAUUUGUUGCCAUCUAAAAAGAGUGACGAUAAAAGAAAAUGGACAGUGAAGAUUUAGCAAAAUAUAGCGUCAUGCAGUUGCGUGCAUGGUUGCGGCAGCUUCAAUUGCCUUCGGGUGGUAAUAAGAGCUCGUUGAUUGUUCGCCUUAACGAUGUACCUAUGGCCGAGCGAGGCAGCUGUCCCGUAUUGGACGGAAUGAGUUCGCAUUUAACUGAAAACGAGCGAGAUGAGCAAAUGGACCAACACACAGAAGGAGAAACAGCAGCGCAAACAUACGAGAAAAACAAAAGCAGCGAUGGUACAACGCAAGCAGAGCAACCAAAUCAACAGACUAGCGUCAGUGUAGCAGAAUUUGAAAUGCUAAAGCGGGAGGCCGAAUUGUUGCGACGAGAAAAAGACUUGCUAGAGCGAGAAAAUAUUCUUUUGCUACAAACAGUGCGUGGUGGUGAAAUACCUAGCUGCGCAGCUGCAGCCAGGCAAAAAAUUUCAUUAGAGAUGAUAAAAACUCUUGUACCCGAUUAUGAUGGUGGUCUGAAUUUUAGCAUUUGGAUUGCGCAAUUGAAAAGCGUUGCCGAUGCAUAUACUGUGAACGAGAAUGAGUUACGGGUUCUAAUGCUUAGCAAAUUAAAGGGUAAAGCACAGAAAUGGUUACAAAGCAAGCCGGAUUUUGCAAUCAAGAGCGUAAAUAAUUUGAUUGACGAGAUGAACGAAGUAUUCGGUUUAAAAGAAAACCGAAUUUUAAUGCGACGUCGCUUCGAAGCUAGAAAAUGGAAGGCUGGCGAGAAAUUUGUCGAAUAUUUAAACGACAAGGUAAUACUUGCUAACCCAUUGCAACUGGAGGAAGAAGAAAUCGUAGAAUACGUGAUUGAGGGUAUAAGUGACUAUCGUCUACGAACUCAAGCGUAUUUACAAUGCUACUCAACGAAGGCGCAGUUACUCCAAGCUUUCUCCAAGGUUGAAAUCAAAGCAACUUCAACAGCAGCAGAUGCAAACCAACGUGAAGUACGAUGCUACAACUGCAAUAUUAAAGGACAUAUUGCAGCCGAUUGUCGUAAACCAAAGAGAGAAUUUGGGGCAUGUUAUGUGUGCGGCAGCAAAGAACAUCGGGCGGCAGUAUGCUCAAAUAAGAAAGGGGUUCACCUGGUCGAGGACUAUAAUGUUUAAUCAAUACUGGUAGC